AUGUAUCAGUCAGACCAGCAGGACCUUCAUCCACACCUUCAGCCGCUCGGCUGUGACCAGCCAGGGCCACAUGCUGCCUGCAGCCCGGGGAACCCUGGGUCUCUCCUCAGGGCUCUCGUACGGUGUCUGGACGCGGGGUUACACCACCUGACCUAUGCUAAUGAACUAGAGAACGUUGGCGCGUCUGAUGUCCUUUCACCCGCACACCACUUCAUGAACUCCAGUGCGGAGCAGCGUGUGCGGUUGGACCUGGGCCUGUGGGACAAGUUCAGCGAGCUGGCGACCAAGUGCAUCAUCAAGAUCGUGGAGUUCGCCAAGCGGGUGCCCGGCUUCACGGGGCUGACCAUCGCCGACCAGAUCACGCUGCUCAAGGCCGCCUGCCUGGACAUCCUGAUCCUGAGGAUCUGCACGCGCUACACCCCGGACCAGGACACCAUGACCUUCUCCGACGGCCUGACGCUGAACCGGACCCAGAUGCACAACGCGGGCUUCGGCCCGCUCACCGACCUGGUGUUCACCUUCGCCGGCCAGCUGCUGCCCAUCGAGAUGGACGACACCGAGACGGGCCUGCUCAGCGCCAUCUGCCUCAUCUCCGGGGACCGCCAGGACCUGGAGGAGCCGUCCAAGGUGGACCAGCUGCAGGAGCCGCUGCUGGAGGCCCUGAAGAUCUACGUGAGGAAGCGGCGGCCCACCAAACCCCACAUGUUCCCCAAGACCCUGAUGAAGAUCACCGACCUGCGCAGCAUCAGCGCUAAAGGGGCCGAGCGGGUCAUCUCGCUGAAGAUGGAGAUCCCGGGCUCCAUGCCCCCGCUCAUCCAGGAGAUGCUGGAGAACUCGGAGGGCCAGGACAGCAGCAGCAGCAGCAGCAGCAGUGGAGGAGGAGGAGGAGGAGGAGGAGGAGGAGGAGGAGGAGGAGGGGAGGGCGAAGGUGGAUCGGAGGCGGGGUCACCGCGGGAGGCAGAUAGCUCCGACACCACCACCACCACCACCACCACCUGCACCCGCUCCACCUCCACCUGCAGCAGCAGCAGCAGCAAGAGCAGCCCCAAGAAGGAGGAGGAGGAGGAGGAGGAGGAGGAGGUGGCGGAAGGGGACAGCAGCAGGGAGGGGCCCUGCUCCCAUGACGACGCUUCAGACACUGAGGGUGGUGGCAGGGGACCGGAGUGACGGAGGGAGGGCUCCUGUAUGGAGGAGGGGUGGGGGAGGGGAACAACUGACCCUAACAUGGCGACACAGGAUGAGACUGAAUGGACCAAGACGGACGCGGAGACACGUGGACCCCCCCCCUGAGAGCCCUUACCGCACCUUUAUUCCUCU